AUGAAUAAAUUAUUUACUUCAAUCUUUGCAUUAUUUUUAUUAGUUUGUGUUGCCUUUUCCGAAGAAAAAACAACAGUAGUUCAAGUAACUUCCGAUAAUUCAGAUAUAAUCCCAACUGGAAAUUGGUUAGUUGAAUUUUUUGCACCAUGGUGUGGUCAUUGUAAAAGAUUAGCACCAGUCUAUGAAGAAUUAGCUCAACUUUACAAUGUUGAUAUCGAAAAUUCCAAGGUUAAAAUCGCCCAAGUAAACUGUGUUGAUAACCAAUCAGUUUGCUCAAAAUAUGAAAUUAAAGGAUACCCAACCAUUAAAUAUUUCAGCGAAGGUGAAAUCAAAGAUUACAGAGGUUCAAGAGAUAAAAAUAGUUUCAUUACUUAUCUUGAUAGCAUGUCAAAAUCACCAAUUUUAAAUAUUGAAAGUAAAGAACAAUUAAAAGAGAAAUUAAAAGAAAAUAAAGUAUCAUUUAUUUUCAUAUCAUCAGGAAGUGAAACAAAAGAUAAAGAAAUUUUAAGUGGCUAUAAAAUUGUUACAAAACAAAUUCAAGAUGUCGAUUGUCCAAACUUUUUAGUUGUUAUGGAUUCAAGUAUAAUCGAUGGCAGUGGUGGUGCUGACGACCAUGUCAUACCAUCUUCAUCAAUAUCAGGUAAAGUUGGGGAAGAACCAAUUUUAUUAGUUUAUAAAGAUAAUGAAUAUCAACAAUAUCAAAGUAACAAUGAACAUGGGUUAAGUGUAAAUCAGUGGGUUAGAAUCAACCAAUUCCCAUUGAUAUCGGAAUUAACAUUCUCAAAUCAACAUAUGUUAACAGUAUCAUUCAAAAAGAUAGUUAUGUUUGUUUUCACAAAGAAACCAACUACUGAAAAUAUUCAACAUAUGAAAUCAAUUGCAUCUUCAAAACAAUUCAAGAGUAAUCCAACUGAAUUUGGAUUCACCUAUAUCGUUGAGAAUACAUUUGCAAGUUGGAUUUCAAAUUUCAAAUUAGAGAGAACACCUGCACUCUUGGUAUUCCCUGAGAAAAUGGAUAUUUAUUAUUAUGAAGAAUCAAUUGAUCCAUUAGAUAAAUCAAGUGUUUUACAAUUUUUAUCAGAUGUUAAUAAUAAUAAAUAUUCUUUAAAAUAUUUAAAUAGACUUGGUUAUUAUUUAGAUAGAAUUGAAGAAUUUAUGGUAGAAUAUUUAUAUUAUAUUGUUGGUUUAAUCAUUGUUAUACCAAUUUUACUAUUUUUCGUUUGUAGUGGGGAAUCUAAAGAAAAAGAUCAAUAG